AUGCCAGUACCUUCUAUUGGAUUCCAAUCCUUCAAGACCUCCGUCUCGAAAUCUGAGAACGAACCGGGUCCAAGCAUCCACGGCUGCAAGGCAGCAGAACUUGAAUCCCUAACCAUUCGAUACGACCCACGAUUUGAAGCUUCGGCAGAUGUUCUUCUAUGGCACCCAGACUGUUUGAACCACUUCCACCAGAGUCUCAAACACCUGACUAUUGUCAACGCUUUUUGCGGCAACUGGAAUAACUUCUUCCGCGACAUCGCAAAGGCUCAGCUCGAGACAUUGGAUAUUGUGAUUGAGGAUGAUGUUCUCGGGGUGGUUAGGACGAAAGUGCCGUCGUAUGACGACGUGGAGAAUGGGUUGGUGUGUGUUCAUGAGCGGUUUAAGAAGGCCGCGGAGAAGGUGGAGGUUAGACCGGAUUGGGUUUUCGACCUUGUGAAGCGGGUGUGGAAGAAUCAGGAUGAUAUUGUUGAUCGGUUGUUGGAGGAUAGUGAUGAGGAGGGUGCGUUUGAUUGGGAAGAGGACGAUGACGAGGAGGAGGAAGUUGAAGGAUGA